UUUAUUCGAAGACUGCGCGCGAUGCUGAAUUACCGGCAGUGCAAGCAACAGAAAAGCAAAAUCAUCCUGCGCUGAAGUGCGAUUGUGAUUUGUUUAUGUUUAAUUCAAUUAGCAACGCGCGUCUGUAAAAGUGCGGCCGCUGUCCGAACCUUGCUUGGGCAUCUUUCUAUAUACAAAUUUUGUGUGGGUGCCAUAUGCCUCUAUUUGCCAUUUACAUCUUAUAAAGAGCAUAAUUAUAACAUAAACUAAAUAACUGUAAAGGUGUGAAAACGCAAACGAGCCAAAAGAGAGCCGCGAAUCAGGAACCUCUAACUUACACAAAAACACAAGAGGACCGAGCUAUCAUGGUUGUCAAGGAUAUGCCGCUACACGAAAACCUUAACAUGGAUAAUCGUCGUGGCAAUGCAGUGCCAGCGGGACCGACAGGAACGGUUGCAGGAACUACUACCACCUUCUCACGCACAGGUCGUCGCUAUACACUGAGCCUGACUACGGCAGUGUUGCUGGUAUCCUUCUUUCUUUGCACUCUGCUGGCCGUUGGAUUCAUUGUCUAUAACUUUGCUACCUGUGCGCAAUUGACGGCUGCUCCUGGUGAGGAUAUCGUCUGCACCAGCGUUAGUUUGCGACACAAUAAGACUGUACAUCCUGCUGGCGAUGGUCGUCCCAAAUACGAUCGCGAUGUGCGUCUGCCUCGUUCCAUAAAACCGUUGAAAUAUAAUAUCACCUUGGUACCUCAUCUCAGCGGCAACUUUAGCUUCGAGGGCAGCGUUCAGAUUCAAUUGCGGGUUCUGGAAGAAUGCUACAACAUUACCAUGCAUGCGGAGGAGCUGAACAUCACGAAAAGCGAUGUGGCCGUCUAUCGAGUACUUGAAAACGACGAUGUCGACCUGAACAACGCACUCCGCAUACACAAGCAAUAUUUGGUGGGGGCUAAGCAGUUCUUUGUCAUCCAGCUCUACGAUAAACUGGUACGGGGUGCUCAGUAUGUGGUGCAUUUGAAGUUUAGCGGCAUUAUACAGGACUAUCUGCAAGGCUUCUACCGCAGCUCCUACGAGGUGUUGAAUGAGACUAGAUGGUUGGCCUCCACCCAGUUCCAGGCCACAGAUGCCCGACGGGCUUUUCCCUGCUUCGAUGAGCCGGCACUCAAGGCCAACUUUACGCUGCACAUAGCACGACCUCGUAACAUGACAGCUAUUUCCAACAUGCCCAUUGUAUCCACAAACAAUCAUGAUACGCUGCCAAACUAUGUGUGGGAUCACUUUGCUGAGUCACUGCCCAUGUCAACGUAUCUGGUGGCUUAUGCCAUUUCGGACUUUACACACAUCUCGUCGGGCAACUUUUCCGUCUGGGCGCGAGCCGAUGCCAUUAAGUCGGCCGAAUAUGCGCUCAGCGUUGGCCCUAAGAUAUUACAAUUUCUGCAAGACUUUUUCGAUGUUCCAUUUCCGCUGCCCAAAAUUGAUAUGAUUGCUCUGCCCGAGUUUCAGGCUGGCGCUAUGGAAAACUGGGGUCUUAUUACCUUCCGGGAAACAUCCAUGCUGUAUGAGCAGGGUGUGGCUACGGCUAGCAAUAAGCAACGUGUGGCUUCUGUUGUUGGUCACGAGUUGGCUCAUCAGUGGUUCGGAAAUUUAGUCACGCCUAGCUGGUGGUCCGAUAUUUGGCUAAACGAAGGUUUCGCCAGCUAUAUGGAGUAUCUAACAGCCGAUUCGAUAGCACCUGAGUGGAAACUGCUCGAUCAGUUUGUUGUAAACGAGCUGCAGAACGUGUUCCAAGUAGAUGCGUUAUCCUCAUCGCAUAAGAUUUCAUUUGAGGUGUUUAAUCCACAGGAGAUAUCCGAAAUAUUUGAUCGUAUUUCGUAUGCGAAGGGCUCGACGAUUAUACGCAUGAUGGCACACUUUUUAACCAAUGCCGUCUUUCGUCGCGGCCUUAGCAAGUAUUUGCGCGAAAUGGCUUACGGUGCGGCCGCACAAGACGAUCUCUGGCGUUUUCUAACCAACGAAGCCAAAGCCUCAGGCUUACUCGAUCGGAACACAAGUGUUAAGGAAAUUAUGGAUACAUGGACAUUGCAAACAGGCUAUCCAGUAGUUAAGAUCUCGCGACAUCCCAACACGAAUGCCGUGCGUUUAGAGCAGGCUCGUUUCGUCUACGCCAAUAGCACCAAGGAGGACGAAAGUCUGCUCUGGUGGAUACCAAUUACAUUUACUACAGCAGCUGAGCUGAAUUUCAAGAAUACCCGGCCGACCACUUGGAUUCCACGUACGAAGAUCUACGAACUGGAGAAUCGUAAUCUCUCAACGGCCAAGUGGUUCAUUUUUAACAUCCAACAAACGGGCUAUUAUCGCGUUAACUAUGAUCUGGACAAUUGGCGUGCGGUUACCGAACAUCUUAUGGAUCCGGCUCACUAUGACGAUAUAGCCCCAGCCAAUCGGGCGCAGUUAAUAGACGAUGUGAUGAAUCUGGCACGUGGUUCCUAUCUGUCUUACGAAAAUGCCUUGAAUGUGACACGUUAUCUGGCCUACGAAACUGAUCCUGUUCCCUGGAAGGCGGCCAUUACUAAUUUCAACUUUAUUGAUUCGAUGUUUGUCAACUCCGGUGAUUAUGAUCUGCUAAAGAACUAUCUGCUGAAACUCUUAGAAAAAGUAUAUGCAGAAGUUGGUUUUGAGGACUUGCAGAGCGAAAGUGAGGAUAUGUUGUUGUUGUUCAAGCGCUCUGAGAUUCUAAAUAUGGCCUGUCAUUUGGGCCAUCAACAGUGCAUUUCUGAGAGUAGCCGACACUUCCAAAACUGGGUUCAGUCUCCCAAUCCGGACGCCAAUAAUCCCAUUGGUCCGAAUCUGCGAGGCAUUGUGUACUGCUCGGCCAUACAAUAUGGUACCGAAUAUGAGUGGGAUUUUGCCUUUGAACGGUAUUUAAAAACCAAUGUUGUAGCUGAAAAGGAGCUGUUGCUUUCUGCUCUCGGAUGCUCAAAGGAGCCUUGGAUACUCUAUCGAUAUCUACGCCGUGCUGUUGCCGGUCAGCACGUUCGCAAGCAGGAUGUAUUCCGAGUGUUUGCUGCCGUGGCGAACAGUGUGGUCGGUCAGCAAAUCGCCUUCGAUUUCAUACGCAGCAACUGGCAAGAUAUCAAUACUUACAUGGGCUCGCAGAUUUCCAAUAUACACACCCUGCUGAAAUUCGCCACCAAGCGCAUGAAUACGAAAUUCCAAUUGGUUGAGUUCGAGCAGUUUGUGCGCGACGCGCACUGGGAUUAUGACAGACCGAUUCAGCAGAUAGUGGAGCAAGUGGAUAUUGGUGUUGAUUGGAUGAAUCGCAACUACAAGUCGAUUGUAAAGUGGUUGCAGCGGGAAGCGGCUGAAACGAAGGCUAUCUAGAUGCCUGCUCGGAUGACUCUAAAGCUGCGGCAGUAUUAUGUUUGAAUGUGCAUUUGGCCGCAUAAGGAUGCUAAGUUUAGGCUCACAAACACAAAGUGACGGGCGCAUUAUAGUCGUUUGCAUUUACUAAGCAUAUUAUAAGUAUUUACAGAUGUG